CGGAACAUUCUACUUUGGACUUGUAGAACCGCUGUGUGCUCACUUCCAACGCAAGCGACGGAAGUCCAAGGCGAGGGAGCGGACAAGCCGAAGCUCAUCAGCAGAGCCGGUGGCCACCAGCGAGAAUAAACAACAAAUCUCAGCCAGCCUCCCCCCACCCGCUCGCUGGCAAUCGCUUCGCUUCGUUCGUCAACACCCGCGAGCGAGGACCGAGAGCUAGCGAGCCGCCGAUGGUAUCGCCGCCUCGGUCCGAUCGGAGGGUCCCAUCCUUGUAGCAGCCGAGGCGCCGCCUGCCCUCGCGGAUUUCGGACGGCUCUGGUCGGUCCGAUUUGACGGCUUGGACGGGCCUUCUUUCCGGCGAGCUUCCUCUCUCCAGCCUGGUCAAACUUGUUUCUUUCCAUUCGCCCCGCCCGGCGCUCUCUGCUUUUGUUUCCACCGGAUCUGCCCCCUCCUCCUUGUCCGGCAGCCUGCGCGGUGAGCUCCGGCCGGAUCAGCGUCCUCCCGAGCCAGGUACCUUCUGCUUUUGUCAAGGAGGCAGUUCUUGGUUCAGGUGCCCCAUCCCAUCCCAACUCCCAAAGAUGCUCUGCGGCGCACCAGUUUCGCGUCUCCGAUAAGCAACUCGUGGUUGUUGGACCUGCGGCCUAGUUCUUGAAGAACAAAAAAAAACAUCUUCUUUCGGCUUCCUGGAGGGGGAGAGAGAUGGCAUCGAGCACCAGCGAUUUUCCGGAUGUGAAACCCAAGCUGAAGAAGUCCGGGAGCAUGGGGAGCAGCGCCGACGCGUACGUGCGCGCCGACAAGAUCGACCUCACCAGCCUCGACAUCCAGCUGGAGCAGCGGCUCACCAAGAAAUGGGGCAAGGCCGAUCUCAAGUCCCAGGGACCCAAGGCGGACUGGGAGAUUGACCUGGCUAAGCUCGAGAUCCGCUACGUCAUCGCUCAGGGCACCUACGGGACGGUCUACCGCGGCACCUAUGACGGCCAGGAAGUUGCAGUGAAGCUAUUGGAUUGGGGAGAAGAUGGUUUUGCCACAGAAGCCGAAACUUCCGCUCUGCGAACAUCAUUUAAGCAGGAGGUUGCUGUUUGGCAUAAGCUCAGCCAUCCUAAUGUUACAAGGUUUGUUGGUGCAUCUAUGGGGACGACCGACCUUAAGGUUCCAGCCAACGACAAUGGUGCGCGUGCCAACUUGCCGGCCAGAGCGUGUUGUGUUGUGGUAGAAUAUCUAGCUGGAGGCACUUUGAAGCAAUAUUUGAUAAAGAACAGACGGCGGAAGCUCGCAUACAAAGUUGUGGUUCAGCUUGCAUUGGAUCUGUCCAGAGGAUUGAGCUAUCUACACUCUAGAAAGAUUGUACACCGUGAUGUGAAAACCGAAAACAUGUUACUUGAUACACAGCGAAACCUUAAGAUUGCAGAUUUUGGUGUUGCUCGUGUUGAGGCUCAGAAUCCGAAGGAUAUGACUGGUGCGACAGGCACACUUGGUUAUAUGGCCCCAGAGGUUCUUGAUGGUAAACCAUACAACAGGAAAUGUGACGUUUACAGUUUUGGCAUAUGUUUGUGGGAAAUCUAUUGCUGUGACAUGCCAUACCCAGACCUAAGUUUUGCUGAUGUCUCUUCAGCUGUUGUUCAUCAGAAUUUGCGCCCAGACAUACCUCGUUGCUGUCCAAGUCCAUUUGCAAAUAUCAUGCGUAAGUGCUGGGACGGGAAUCCUGAUAAGCGUCCUGAUAUGGAUGAGGUGGUGCAGCUUAUGGAGGCUCUCGAUACAAGCAAAGGUGGCGGUAUGAUACCAGAUGGCCAGUCAUCUGGUUGCUUAUGUUUCACCAGGGCACGAGGCCCGUAGGGUACUUUCACCCUCAGUUUAUGUUUUGCCCAUCGAUAUGACUGGGAGCUCCACAGCAUGCUUCCCAUUGUCACUUGUGCAGUCGCUGCUUGCAGCCCCCGGUGGUUGUGGUCGACAUACGUCCUAUAGCAGUUUGAUGUUGUAAUAGCUGUUGUUAAGAAAGUCGGUGGCGGUCACACAUGUUGUGUUUUACAACUGAGAUCACAGAUAAAGGCCUUUCAUUCUUGAAACUGCUGCCUUUCUGUGUCCAUUUGGCGGCAUUGUUCGAUGUCUUUUAAAUCUUUUUUCACUGUGUAUACCGAAAAACAAAUAAAGGUCAUAUAGAUACUGCUGUCUGCGUCCA